UUCAGUACGAGCAGAAAGUCUUCACUAAACUACCUUCUACUUAUAUGUUUGUAGAACCACUGGAUUGCACAGAAUUUCAAUAACUAGUACCGGGAAGCUUUUAUUCAGACCUCAAACACGUUAAAAAGCAUGAUAUUCGUUCUGAGUUGUAGCUGUUUUUUUUUUUUUUUAAAUAAGUCAGUUUGAGUUUACAGCAUCACACAGCGGGGUCACCAAAUGGUCACGUUCUCGUUCAUUUACGUUGAAUUCCCUCAGAUUCAGGUAUAAUUUUUUUUAAUCUCUUGGUCAAAAAGCCAGCAUAACUUUUGCAUAUUGCUAAAAUAGGACAUCUCCAGAAGGUAUAACCUUAAUUUGAACUCAUUUGAAAAGUGAGCUAAAGAAGAAAAUUCGAUUUUUCGUUUGCCAGGAAAUUGCCUUGUUGUCAAGUGGUCCUGAAAGAAUGUCCUUGAUUGCUGUCACAAACAUCCUCUUAAUCCGGAAAUUUAAAGAGAUGAAGUGUUUGAUAUCUGGUUUAAACAAAUAUGGUGUCGAGUGAGGAAUCGGAAGCCAGAAUUUUACUCUGUGAGCCAAGUUUUGGGACCUGCGUAUUUUACCUUAUUUUCAGCCCGCGUGAUGAAAUCAAAAUUCUUGAUUUUUUUCACAAAAUUGAGAAUUUUGUGGCUUGUGGCCACCGUUUGCUCAAUUUUUCUGUGCAUUCUGUCUUAAAACAGAUUAAGCCUUGCUUACACAAAAGACGCUGUCUGUUUGUCCCCCAGGUGGAAUUAUCACGUGAUGCGAGAUGUCAUGCCCAAGGGGCCGAUUGGAACAGCAAGAACAAUUAUUUUGUUUCUGCUUUACACCGAACAGAUUUGGGUUUGAGAUCAAAAAGAUGAAUAUGAGCCGAUAGAUCAGAAUUUCAGCUUCAUCUCCUGAUCUUUACAUCUCGAUGUGUUCAGCAACAGAACAUGACACCUUUGGAGGCAGACCACCCAAUGGUUAGAAUGAUGGAGGGAAAGAGAUCAGACUCACCAGACCCCAGCUGUGUGUCCAUGAAGAGUGACCAGUCAAUGGGACUCCCAAUUCUCUUCAGAGACAGAGACAGUCCUGCUGAUCUGAGACCACAAAAGAAGAAAUCAAACAUCAGCAGAAAUCAGCUGGAGUCCAUAUUCAAGGAGCUGGAACACAAAGUCAUCAGUGUGAUCCAGAAGGAGCUGAAGAGGUUUCAGAAGCUCCUGAGUCCAGAUUCCCCAGCAUGCUCUGAGAGGGAGGUGGAGGAUGAGGAGGAUCAGAACAGUGUCAGAGAGGGAGUGCUGAAGAUCACACUGCACUUCCUGAAGAACAUGAACCACACAGAUCUCGCUCACACACUGCGCAACAAACACGUCUCUGUGUAUCAGCAAAAGCUGAAAUCUAACCUGAGAGAGAAGUUUCAAAGAGUUAAUGAAGGAAUCUCACAGCAUGGAAGCUCAGCUCUUCUGAAUGAGAUCUACACAGAGCUCUACAUCACAGAGGGUUGGAGUGGAGACGUCAAUAAAGAACAUGAGGUGAGACAGAUUGAGACGGCGUCCAGGAGACCAGCAACACAGGAGACACCCAUCAAAUGUAAUGAUCUCUUUAAAGACACAUCCAUCAGAAGCGUGCUGACUAAAGGAGUUGCUGGAAUUGGAAAAACAGUCUCUGUGCAGAAGUUCAUUCUGGACUGGACUGAAGGAGAAGCGAAUCAGGACGUCACCUUCAUGUUCCCACUUCCCUUUAGAGAGCUGAAUCUGAUGAAGGAGAGAAAUCUCAGUCUGAUGACUCUUCUUCAUCACUUUUUCCCAGAAAUGAAAGAAUUACGAUUCAUAGACUGUGAUGUGAACAAAUUCCUGUUGAUCUUUGAUGGUCUGGAUGAGUGUCGACUUCCUCUAAAUUUCCAGAACAAUGAGAGAUUGUGUGAUGUGACAGAGUCGGCCUCAGUGGAUGUGCUGCUGACAAACCUCAUCAAGGGGAAUCUGCUUCCCUCUGCUUUCCUCUGGAUAACCUCUCGACCAGGAGCAGCCAAUCAGAUUCCUCCUGAGUGUGUAGACCAGGUAACAGAGGUACGAGGGUUCAGUGAUCCUCAGAAAGAGGAGUACUUCAGGAAGAGGAUCAGUGAUCAGAGCCUGGCCAAUAAAAUCAUCACACACAUGAAGUCUUCAAGAAGCCUCUACAUCAUGUGCCACAUCCCAGUCUUCUGCUGGAUCUCAGCCACUGUUCUCGAGAGAAUGUUGGGUGAAGCAGAGAGUGGAGAGAUCCCCAAGACUCUGACUCAAAUGUUCACACACUUCCUGAUCUUUCAGAUCAAACACAAGGACCAAAAGUACCAUCAGAAAUGUGAGCCUGAUCCUCAGCAGACCAGAGCGAGUAUCCUGGCACUGGGAAAACUGGCUUUCCAACAGCUGGAGAAAGGAAACCUGAUCUUCUAUGAGGAAGACCUGAGAGAGUGUGGCAUUGAUGUGAGAGAAGUGUCAGUGUACUCAGGAGUGUGUACCCAAAUCUUCAGAGAGGAGUUUGGGCUUCACCUGGGGAAGGUCUUCAGCUUCGUACAUCUGAGUGUUCAGGAGUUUCUGGCUGCUUUAUACACGUUUAUCUCUUUCAUAGAGAAAAGUAUUAGAAACCAAAAUAUCUGGUCUGUACUUUUUCAAAGAUCAGACAUGUCUGAUUUCCUCAGGAGUGCAGUGGACAAGGCCUUACAGAGUGAGAAUGGACACCUGGACCUGUUCCUCCGCUUCCUUCUGGGUCUCUCACUGGAGUCCAAUCAGACUCUCUUACGAGACCUACUGCCCCAGACAGGAAGUAGAUCUCACAGCAAACAGGAAACAGUCGAAUACAUCAAGGAGAAGAUCAGGGAGAAUCCAUCUCCAGAGAAAUCCAUCAAUCUCUUCCACUGUCUGAAUGAACUGAAUGAUCAUUCUCUAGUGCAGGAAGUACAACGUUACCUGAACAGAGGAGAUUUCAGGCAUCUCAGUGGAGUCAGUCUCUCUCCUGCUCAGUGGUCAGCUCUGGUGUUUGUGUUACUGAACUCAGAACAGGAGCUGGAUGUGUUUAAUUUGAAGAAAUAUGACCCAUCAGAUGAAUGUCUUCUGAAGCUGCUGCCAGUGGUCAAAGCCUCCAGAAAAGCUAAUCUGUGUGAGUGUAAUCUGACAGAGGAAAGCUGUAGAGUUCUGUCCUCAGUUCUCAGCUCAAACUCCUCCAGUCUGAGAGAACUGAACCUGAGUCUCAAUAACCUGCAGGAUUCAGGAGUGAAGCUGCUCUCUGCUGGACUGGAGAAUCCACACUGUACACUGGAGAUACUGAGUCUGUGUGUGUGUAAUCUGACAGAGGAAAGCUGUAGAGUUCUGUCCUCAGUUCUCAGCUCAAACUCCUCCAGACUGAGAGAACUGAACCUGAGUAACAAUCACCUGCAGGAUUCAGGAGUGAAGCUGCUCUCUGCUGGACUGGAGAAUCCACACUGUACACUGGAGACACUGAGUCUGUGUGGGUGUAAUCUGACAGAGGAAAGCUGUAGAGUUCUGUCCUCAGUUCUCAGCUCAAACUCCUCCAGACUGAGAGAACUGAACCUGAGUCUCAAUAACCUGCAGGAUUCAGGAGUGAAGCUGCUCUCUGCUGGACUGGAGAAUCCACACUGUACACUGGAGAUACUGAGGUUGUCUGAUUGCAGGAUUACAGGUGAAGGUUGUGCUGCUCUGGUUUCAGCUCUGAGGUCAAAUCCCUCAUCACACCUGAGAGAACUCAAUCUGAACUGGAAUAAUCCAGGAGAAUCAGGAGUGAAGCUGCUCUCUGAUCUACUGAAGAUUCCACACUGUACACUGGAGAAACUAGAUCUGUAUCGGUGUAAUCUGACAGAGGAAAGCUGUAGAGUUCUGUCCUCAGUUCUCAGCUCAAACUCCUCCAGACUGAGAGAACUGGACCUGAGUCUCAAUAAACUGCGGGAUUCAGGAGUGAAGCUGCUCUCUGCUGGACUGGAGAAUCCACACUGUACACUGGAGAUUCUGAGGUUGUCUGGCUGCAGUAUUACAGGUGAAGGUUGUGCUGCUCUGGUUUCAGCUCUGAGGUCAAAUCCCUCAUCACACCUGAGAGAACUGAAUCUGGACUGGAAUAAUCCAGGAGAAUCAGGAGUGAAGCUGCUCUCUGAUCUACUGAAGGAUCCACACUGUACACUGGAGACACUAGAGUUGGAGUUUUCAUCCUGAUCUGAUCUGAGUCUCACACACAGAGGAUGAUGAGGAUAAACCCUUACAGUACAAAGUGAUUUGAAAAUCAUCAUCAUUUAGUGAUAAUCAGAUGUGUACAACAUGUCAGCACUUCCACUUCUCUAGUUGUUUGUAAAAAUACACCAGCUGAGAUAAAUAAACUUUAAUGAACUCAACGCUCAUAAAUAUUUUCUUAUUAAUAUCUUUUACAGCAAAACAGAAACUGUUAAUGCACAUCGAACAUCAUUUAAUAGUUUUGUAUGUACAGUAUGCUUCUGUUUUUCCAUUUACAUGCAGCAGAAGGUCACAUUUAUGUUUAAAACACAUCAUAAAUAUCUUAUCGUAUCAGUUCACUGCAGUCAUUUGAUCAUUGCACAAAGUUACACACUGUUUAUAACUGCGUAAAGUAAAUUAUUUUCCUCCUGAAAUUAUACAAUUCAGAUGAGAGAGGUUUAAUUUGGUUGACUCUGUACAUAACUGUUUUAAUCAAUUUUUAAAUGCUGUGUUUAUAAAAAUGAAGAUGAUUAUCAAUUCUGUAUUGAAUGUUAGAAAUAUUUGUGUGAAGACACUUCAUUGUGUAUUUGUACUGUGUGUCAAUACACAUCGAUAUCCUGAUUAUUGAUCAGCAUGUUAUUUUCUCGAAGCAUCUUUGAGACACUGAUGGUUUAAAAUUAUAUUGAAAUGAAUAAUUUGCUGUAAAUUGCUGUUUCAUAUUGUAGACUAUUAUACUACCAUUUAAUAUUGCGUUAUAAGCAUAAUAGCUUUGGGUGACCACAGGAGGGGAACAGAACAGAUCCUGGAGAUGGAACUGAUCCCCAUCAACCCUGUGACACAUAAUACAGCUCCAUCUAGUGGCUUCCAGUUUCUCUCAUUCGGAUACACACUGUAACGGAAUGAAUUCACCAAAUAACUGAUUCCUUCUGCUCAAAUCUCUGAACCACAACAAUAAACACAUUCUUAUUGUUCAA